AUGAGUGAGGAAAAAAAGAAAGAGAAACAGGAUCGAUUCCAACGUGCACGUCUGAGAGUUAAGCAGCGCUCAAAUCUUCCUGUUGUGGAAGAGCCCAGUGAAGUUUUGGAACCAGAGGAGGAAGAGCUAAGCCCACAAGAUAUGGAGAUUGAAAAAUUAAAACAAAAAGUGACAGAAAUAGAGAAUGUUGUUAAAGAAAAAGAAAAUAACAUCAAGGAAGUGACUCGGAAAUACUGUAGCAUCCAAAAUGAACUUGUCAACAGGAUGGCUGAAAUCCAUCAGUUAAAAAAUAAAAACAAUUUGUCAAGAAAAUUCCAACUAAAUUAUGGACAUUUGAAAAGUCACAAAAAUUAUUUUUAUUUUUAUACUGGAUUGGACCAAGCACGCUUCAACUGGGUAUUUGCAAUUAUCAAAAAUAAAAUGAAACGUAUCAGCAGAAUAUUGACACCGAAAGAUCACCUUGUUGUUGUCCUGGUAAAAUUGAAACUUGGCUUGUAUAACAAAGAUAUCGCUUUCAGGUUUGGAAUUACAUGCAAAAUGGUCACCAAAAUUUAUCGAAGCUUGCUUAAAGUAUUAUCAAAAUCUUUACUUUUUUUAAUUGUGUGGCCUGAGAAGGAAGCUAUACGUAAGCAUAUGCCGAAGUGUUUCAAAAAGUACCUAAGUUGUCGCUGCAUCAUUGACUGCACUGAGAUAUUCAUACAACGUCCAUUAAAUCUCAAUGCCAGAGCACAGACAUGGUCUAAUUACAAGAAUACUAAUACCAUCAAGUAUUUGGUUGCAUGUUCUCCAACAGGAAGUGUUAGUUUCCUAUCAGAAGGAUGGGGAGGUAGAGUCUCUGAUAAGGAAAUAACAAUAAAAAGUGGUUUUUUGGAUUUAGUCGAAAAUGGAGAUCUUGUUUUGGCUGAUCGAGGAUUCCUUAUCGAGCAAGAAGGGAAGGAACAAAUGUCAGCAAUGGAUGUAGAUCGAUCUCGAAAAAUAGCCAAUGUUCGAAUCCACAUUGAGAGAGUUAUUGGACGUUUGAGAAAGUUUGAAAUUUUGAACACAACCAUACCUAUCACUCAAGUAGAUUUAUUGGACGAUGUGUUUAUCGUUAUAUGUGCUUUGGUGAACUUGAACAAAGGCAUUAUAUAA